CCAAGCUAAGCAAAGAUGCAACAGGAGCCUGAGGAGAGCAAGGUGGCUGUGGCAGGGCAGUGCUGACCAUGGCCAAUGGGUACCAGCUUUGGGCCCCCUGGUCCCCCCUGGAUGAGUCCCUGCAAUGGCUGCGGGGUGCCGUGCCCAAGCCCAGCACCACUAAACACCCUUUUCGAGGUGGGCACAGCCCAGCUACUGUAACAGACCUCGAGGUGCAGCUUGGCUUCCAGGGGCUCAACCAAGGGCUGGUGCCCCCUACAAAGCCUGGAGCCAAACCACCACCUGCUGGAGAGACCAAGGGUUGCACUGGAGCUGUGCACAAGCCUCAAGCUGUGAGGCUUACAGGACUUGACUCCAUCUUUGGGCAUCUCGUGACAGCACAGCCUCCGCACUGGACUGGUACCCUGAGGGUUUCAGAGCGCUCCGCCUUCUGCCAAGUCAUCGGCCGGCAGCAGCACAGACCACGUGGGCUCCAGGAACCACAAGUGCGCCUAGCGAUGGCCAUGUGCCGCCAAAUGCUGCGUGCCAUCCUUCUGCUUUAUGCUGCCUACAAGAAGUGUGCCUUUGCCCUGCAACAUUCCCGGUAACGCUGCCAUAGCUGAGAAAGGAUGAGUCACACAUGAUCCUUGCCUGUCAAAGAAUUAUUAAGACUAUUCCCGGACAGGAACCUCUUCUCUUUCGGUGACAUCAGCAUGCAGGUGCCUCAAAAGUCAGCCUACUUCCUAGUUUCUCCAUAACUCCUCAGUCAAAUUCUGGCCACCAGGAUGGAGGACGUACCUGUAUUCUAUUCAGAGUAGCACUUUGGAUUCUUUUGCAGAGAGAUUAAACCACCCACACAUUAAUGAAUUCUUUUGUUAAGAUUCCAAACAGACAUUUACAAAAUGUUGUGUACCUAUUGCUUUGCAUCAAUGGAAGAUACAGAAUGGCCUAGAAAUGGACAAGAAAUAGAAUGGUUAAAGUCUUCUAUAAGUACAUGAAUGAAAUGGAAAAUGGAAUUCAGAUGGGGGGAAAUUAUAUGCAUUUUCACUGAGAAACAAUCUUCAGAGACAAAGACAUUCAAACAUACACUGCUUUAUAAAAUGUUACAUUUUUUAAAAAAGUUGUCCACCUAUUAUUUCAACAUAAAUAGGAAACUUAAGAGUGAAACAAGAUGGGACUGAUAUGAAGAACAACAAUUUUUUAAAAAAUAGUAACAGAUGCAUAUAUGUAAAACAAAUAUAUAGUACAUUUUCAGCUUCAGAAAUGCAUUCUUUACUAUGAAAUGAAGCUAAAAACAAAUUUAAGCCAACAUUCCUUCAACCAGCAAUGUAUAAUUUAUGUUCAGAUGGCAUAAAGAUUCGGAGGAAGUUUUGACAUCAUCUGAAUGAAAUAUUAUUUCCAGUGAGAGAGCAAAAUGUAGGAAUUUAUUGACCAAACGCCUAAGUUUGACAACAAAAUGAAAGUACUACAUGGAAAUACUUUUCCACCACUUUUACAUCAAAAAGAAAAUAUUGUUCUUUGUUUAAUCCAGAUGCUGUAGCAGUGAGAAAGUUUUGCAGAAAGGCUGUCUUAUACACAAUACUUUUAAAUUUUUAUUUAGAGAGUUUGCAAUCCAAAACCACACUGUCCCAAAAAUCUUUUCAGUUUUUAGAUAAAUGAAGGCAAAUCAUAAAUACUUUUAAUUUUUCAGAUUUUUUUCAGAUUUGUCUACAAAACUCACAGCAAGGUUUUUUGUUAACAAAUGUUAACACUACACAAGCUAGAACUCUCUUUACACUGGUGUAAGUGUAACUCUGUAAAUAACAGCAGCAAAUAACCGCUAAUUAAUGAGUUGCUGCUCACUUCCCUGAUCCCUGAUCACCCUAAUCAGGCAUGUAAUUUGGUCCAUGACAAAGAAUGCAAGUAGCAGCAUGUUAAUUAACAGCAAUUUGCUGCCAUGGUUCACACAAUUACAUUUACACCAAUGUACAUUCCAAAUAGGAACUUAGCCGGUGUGGUUAAUAACUGGCAACAGAAAUAUAGUUGUGUGGCAAACCACAAUGGAAUUAAAUUAUUGCUAUAAUCCAUUUAUUCAAUUUUUAUGAUUGCAUCUGCCUAUUUUUGUUUUUGAAAGUUAAAACAGUCUUUCCUAGCUUUACUUUCUAAAUAAUUUUCAGUCUCAAUAUGCUAUAGUGUUUUUCCAUCUGCCAAUACGAUCUUGAAUUUAACCGUGGAAGAGAAAAGAUUUUCAACUAUGUGUGUAUCUGUAGUUUUGUUUCUUUUGAAAAGUAGCUAUUCAGAAUAUUUUUAUUCUGAAAUAUGUCAGAAUUGUUUCUGAGCUACAUUUCUGUUCUGAGACUUGGAACUUUACAGUCCAUUGAUGUCACUGCAAAGUACCACCUUUCUUCAGCUGAAAACCAACCAGCCAGAUUCAAAGAGAUAAAAAGCCACCACUAAAGUGAAUGGUUCUAAAGUUCAACUUGCUGUUCAAAAUAAAAGUUCACUUGAACAACAGAAGGGGAAUAUGCCAUCCUUCUUCACUUAGCUUAUGUAAAAGCAACAAAGUCUAAAGCAGAGAGUCUCUCAUCGGCAAGAGGAUCUUCGCUUAAAUUCAAACCCUGAAAAUUCAGUUCUGAAUUGCUCUGAGACCCUCCACAUGUACAGAAGGUUCCCUGAUCAGAUUCAUUACUUCAUUUGAAUAAAAUGUUGACAGCUAGCAUGAUCUCUUGUCCUUGCCUAGUCAGUUAGCUUUGGGUCACCACUUAUUUAAAAUCUGGAAUAAGGUACCAUAUACAACAUGACUAAGAGGAAAUAUGCAGGAGUCAAGAAUGUGUAGCCUUCCAGAUGCUCUGGGAUUAUAAUACCCACCAGCCUUCAUUGCCAAUACCAAGGCUAGAUGAGGGUCGACUAACAUUUGGAGAGCCACUUGCUCCCCAGACUGCAACAAAUACUAGUAUGUUGUCAAUAGCUAGCACAUGCAACUUACUGCGAAUGUACUGGCUGGCUUUGAAAACUGAAGACACUUGUUGCCCAUAAUGAAAAAUGUUGUUGGCAUACAUCAUAAGACUGAAAAAUGUAACAGCCUGGGUUGUCCUUCCAAAAAUGAAGUAAGAAGAUUGCAGUCAGACUAAAAGCAAGACUUUUAGUCAUGCUGCAUUAUAUAGUUUUCCCAUGGAAAUCAAUGCAACAUUAUUUCUUCAAUUAAAAAACAUGUAAUUCCUCCCUUUUUUUUCAAUUGCCUGCAUUCCAAAGAGGAAAAAAAUGUUCCUGACAUCUAAAUAAAAUAAAAUCAAGAAUGCUAUAGAUUGGUACACAUAAUACUCACUGUAUGAUACAAAAUACUGUAUAUAAUUUCCUUAUAAAUGGUUCAGACUGAGCUCAACCAUUGAGGUUCAAAAAGGAAAUCCUCAUUAUCAGCCGAUGUAAUGAAAACACUGGUAACAGGAAUCAGAAUUAGAUGUAAUUUUAAUAGCCAUCAGAUCUGCCUAAGAUACUGACAUGUCUCUGACUGAAUUCAGAAUAUCGACCUCAAUUUUUCAUCAUCAGGAAGUGUCUGUGCUUCCCAAAACACCAGGAUUUGAACGGCAAAGUGGAGACAAAGGCCAGAUACAGUAUUUGUGAGAAAUACCAUACCUUCUGACUUUUUAAAAAUGGAUGCAGUGGUCGGCCAAUAUACUAUUUGGAUCUGUAAAAGACAUUUUGCAAACAAUUUUUUUUUUUACAAACAAGAUAUAUGCACAGAGGAGAUCUGCAGAGGAAGAAAAAAAACAAAGAAAACUACCUCAGGACCAAGAGAUGCAUGAGCACAGCACAGCACUCUCCGGAUUGUGCCUUGCCUUUUAAAAGAAGUUUCCAUUUUUAGUUAAAUGACAGAGAUGGGCAAGUGGAUCUUCACCACAGUUAAAAAGAUUAAAAUUUGGCAUGACUUGUUCACAAUCAACAAACACAACUGAGAAGCAGCUCACCUUUCCUAUCACAGCCUUUAGAAGAAAAGCCUGUCCCGUGGGUGCAAAGUAACUGGAGGGGCUAUGAAGAUGAUCCCAUUUCUCUGAAGUGCAGCUCUGUUUGGGAGAAAGAUUAAAAACCCUCACAUUUC